AGGAAGAAGGGUUGUCAGCAGUGCUUGCUUCCACUCAUAGAGACUGCAAGCAUCGUCCUUUCGAUCUAUUCACCAGUAAUGAUGACAGGACGUCCCGUCAGUAUGUGCUGUGUGUUAUCCUCGUGUUGUGAAUGUAGUUAUUUGAAUGAAAAUAGUGCAAAUGGUGAGUGUGCAAAGUUAGUGGUCGCAGCCGGUGGCGCCUCUGGUGGCGAGUGGCGGCAGCUCGUCGUGGGUCGGGUCGGGCCAGUCAGUCAGUCAGUCGGUGGGCCGCGUAGCCUUAGGACGCGCGCUCCUCCAGUGUAGUGAUGAUCAUGUCCACUCGCCUCGGGCCUCGGUGACGACGCGUGUGACCAAUACAUUAUUCCGCAUCAAGUGUCAACCAGUACUUCACUCUUAAGUCUUUGUGAUUUUGUUCUGCAAUUUUGUAAUGAUGGCAACAAGUUUCUUUUCGUUGGUGAAAGAGGAACCUGAUACAGGACACGAUAUUAUGGAAACUACACCUGUGGCACUGCCACCCACAAGCGUGGGCAUGGGCGGUCAUACAUCCCCGGGGAGCGGUGGCCCACAUGUAGGUGGCCCGCCCAUGCAAGCUGGCAUGCCUUUGACACCCGUUACCCCCACCAGCCUUCAGCCGCCCCCACACCACCGUAUCGAGAUUGACCCAAACUUCGAGCCCGUGGCACGCUCGCGCUCGAACACGUGGCCGCUGCCAUGCCCUGAAGGCUACAUGGAAGGGGAAGAGCCCGUGGCGGUCGCCACCGAAGGCCCGGUCCCCGUUGACCAGCCGCGGCCUCCGGGCGCCGUUGGUCCGGGCGACCCUCCGGGCGGCCCGCCCAAGAAGAACACCUCCCGCCGGAACCCCUGGGGCAACAUGUCCUACGCCGACCUCAUCGCACAGGCCAUCAUGUCGUCCCCCGACGGACGCGCCACGCUGUCCCAGAUCUACGACUGGAUGGUUCAGAACGUGCCCUACUUCAAGGAUAAGGGCGACUCCAACUCUUCCGCCGGCUGGAAGAACUCCAUCCGCCACAACCUGUCGUUGCACAACCGGUUCAUGCGCGUGCAGAACGAGGGGACCGGCAAGUCGUCUUGGUGGGUACUCAACCCCGAUGCCAAGCCGGGCAAGUCCACGCGCCGCCGUGCCAACACCAUGGAGGGCGGCCGCUACGAGAAGAAGCGAGGCAGAGUCAAGAAGAAGCUUGAGGCGCUCCGGAACGGCCAGGAGAUGACGCCGUCCCCGUCGUCGUCACUGAGCGAGAGCCUGGACCUGUACCCCGACUCCCCCCACACGCACCCAGUGCACAGCGCGUACAGCCAGCUCUCUCCGCAGGACUACCGGCCCAGGGCCUCCUCCAACGCCUCCUCCUGCGGGAGACUGUCCCCCAUCCCCGCGAUAGAGUCCGAUAUGCAUGAUUCACAGGUACCGCCCAUGUCCCCUGGCAUCGGUGGGUGGGGCGGAGAAUACUGGCCCCACCACGCCCACCCGCACCCGCUCGCCCACGACCGGUAUGCCGACCAGUUAGUGGACUCCAUGGGCGAAGGGCUGAAGCUCGGGCCGGACUCCUGGGGCGGCCCAGCACGCCCGCCCAACCCUCAAGACUGUAUGAAGAUGUCACAGCUGUCCCCGCACGGCCCGCCCACCUCGCACAUGAACGGCUACGUCACCCACCACCACCACAACCACCACCCGCAGGGCUUCAGUACCUUUGAAGAUUUUCGUUUCAACCCCCACAACCCCCACGGGCCGGCAUUCCCCCACCCGCCCGCACAGCAUCCGCCCACACCCCACCAAGACAAGAUGGCAACGCCCACACGCCCGCAUCCACACAAUAACUACUCCCUGACCAGUCUACAGGUGAUCAAGCAUGAGCUACAGGUCGAGGGGAACCUGGACUUCUCCUUCCCACAAGCUCAUCACGGACACCACGCCCACGCACAUGCCCAUGCACAUGCCCACGCCCACGCCCAUGGGCACCCCGACACCCCUCAGAUGGCCGUGCCCUCGGGGAUGCCCUACCCAUGCUCGUCCAUCGCAGCCGGGAACCAGUGGGUCCGCUAGAAAGGUGCGAGAAAGACUAAGAGGUCCAGGACCUGAACGCUAGCAAGAACUCAUCACAACGCACACAUCGGAUCACCAGCUUGACAGCUUGAAGCUUUCCCAGCCCAUGAAGAGGUUCUAGCCGACCUGAGGUGGCCUGGGGCGCUGAGGCCAGGUCGACUCGAGGUGGCCUGGGGCGCGGAGGCCCGCCGACGCCCGCCCGGGACCGCGUCUCGAGCGCCGAGGCGCUGGGGCCGCCGACCGCCUCCUCGUCUGCGGUCGGGACGGCAACGGACCGAAAAUGAGCAUGUCGAGCAAAUUUUGUGAUAUUUUAUGCAGAAAAAAUAUAUCUCGGAGCUCACAAGAGCAGGUGGUAUAUAUUUUCUUCCACUAAGAUCCAAAGCGAUUUCCCCUCAGCGUCGGACGGACAGUCCAGCCGCGCCGAGACCAGCGUCGCCUCGCUGCCGAAGAGGUGGCCUUUCCGUCUCUACGUCUCUAUGUAGGGAACGGAAACGGAGAAUCUCCCGCCGGGCCUCGGGCGGGGCUAGAACCGCGCAGAACCUGGCAGUUAGUGAACGCUGAAACGAUAUCCUCAUGGGUGCGGAAAGAAAAAGAAACAGCUGAUGUGGCCAUCUUAGGUGUUCCUCAAGAUGAUGUGUGAUGUGUUAACUGCUAAAGACAAUCAAACUAUCAAGAGUUAUCAAGAUGAAAGUGAAGGUGAUUGUGAUGAAACUCUUUAACCAUAGCGGUGGUUGUGAAGAAGAUAAGUGGAUAACGAUAGGUUUCGAUGAAUAAUAACUUCUGUUGUAAAGAUGUUGUGAUAGAGAUAGUGCUGGAGGCUAGGCUGGGAGAGACAGGACUCGCGCUGGCCGUCUCCAAGCAUAAUGUUCAGUGUGAUAUGCAGGGUUUCCCACCUGCCUGAUGCCAGCGGGCGGCCGACGACUCCUUCGGCUCCACAGGAGACUGCCGGGUCAGACGCAUGGGACGUGGCGUGUGAGUUGGGGUUUAGCGCGAUGCUCGUCCUCAGCCCAGCUGGGCGGGGGCGUCAGGACGGAGGUGCUCGCCCGCCGUUCAUUCAUUGCUGCAGACCACGCGGGGCGACGCGGCAGAGCACCGGGAGCGGAGCCUACGCCGUGCACGAGGGAAACUGAAGUGACGGAGGAAACUUCCUUGCUCACCCACGCCAAUAUCGCCAGUCGUGGAAAGUGUCAUGGUGCUUUUCAUACAUUGUAUAAAUUUAAUAGAAUUACAGUUUUAGCAAUGACCAGCUUAUGUAACGCAGCAAUGAACCUUUGUAUUUUCAUAUGCAGAAAAAUGUCUACCCUCAUUUUGUUGUCCACAAAAAUCCGCGCAUUUUUAAUACCAUCAGCCCAGGUCAGUCACGCAGUUAUUAUUUAUCUAAAAGAAGUUUAGCCUCGCAUAACUGCACCGUAUGAUGAAUGUCUGAGCAAAUAAAACAAAGGCUUCGAUGCUCUUGCUGCAGAAGUGAAGCGAGACGGGGUGCGAGUGGCAAUUAAUAACUGAUUGUAUCCCUUGAAAAAGACUUUCACACGAAAUACCUGAAGGAGCAGUCAGCCGUGGAGUGAACAGACAUUUUGGUGUGUAAUUUGUUGAACUCUAUUUUACCCGUCGUUCUAUGCUUAAAUGCAACAGUCGAGCUGUAACCAUUAGGCUGGUUCCUAGACGAGGUAAUCUUUUGUUUAUUGGUCAAGCCUCAUUGUUCAUGAUUCAUAUGUUAAAGCAUAAAAGUGAAUCGUCAUAAAUGGGACUGACGGAAUGGGGCAGCAAACUGCAUGCAUUCUGCUGGCAGGGUAUUCUUUGUGUAGCAUCGCAUGUGGACGUUACGACUCCAACUCUCAAGUAGUUGGUGAACAGCCAGUGGUCGCCUUCGUCGGGAGGUCGCACGGGAAGGAUGACCUAAGCCACGAGGUCUUCGGCUCGCGGGUGAAGGCGUUGUGUGCUCGGACUUGCUGCGUACCUCGUGCCUGGAGACCAGAAGAUAUCUACGUAAGUUGCACAGCACUUGCACCGCGGGGGAAUCGUGCAACCGUUCCCUUGAACAGCGAGGGCCAGUUACUUACCCAGGCCAGAUUACUCCACCAAGCCUUCAGGGAGUGAACGCUCGUCCUCACCAAAUACUUGAGAAUUAGGUUACCUGUAUGUGUAAACUCCGCUGGCUGGCGUUUGUACAUAAUAGUUUAUUCCUAUGUACAUACAUUUUUUAUGUCGUAGGUCUUACUAGAAACAGAGCCUUGAAGCAGUCGGCAGAAUUGUUAGUUUUAUAUUGUAGUUCCGACUGGUUUAUAAUGUCACAAUCACGUAUGGACGUAGAUCCCUUUUACUGUCUGGUUCAUGUAUUGAAAUUAAGAUUCUUUACGCUGGUUCUUGUUUCGUAUGUGACGCCAGAGUCUUUAUCCUGGUUCAUCUAUGAUACUAAUAUUCAUAAUGCUGGUGCGCGUGCAGUGCCGAAUUCGUUACGCAGAAUCGUCUUCAGAGAUCGGAGUUCUGACGGUUUGCUCGCCAUCGCCGGGCGGGCGCGGGGCAGGAGCCGGCGGGGUCCUCCUCGCUGGCGCCGGGAGACCACCGCCCGGCGUCGCGAAGGGCGGACUCGCGGACCCGGGCUCGUCCGCGCGACGGGGGCCGGGCGACGAGGGGGAUCGCGGGCUUCGGGUCGUCGACUGAGAGCGGAAGGGGCAGGGGGAGGCGAGGUCGGGGGGAGGGGGCGCGGCCAGAGGGACGCGGAAGGCGGGGAACGGAAUUGUUAUGCAGUUGUUGAUAAAUUUAAACAGGGAUUUGGGUGCUUCAAGUAAACACUACACUUUCUCAUUACAAGCUUCCUAAGCUUUUUAGCUUCUUAUUAUUUCUUUAUGUUAUUUUCAAUAUGAUGUAAAUACAUCACACACACACACACACACACACACACACACACACACACACACACA